UAUGGCAGAAAGCAAGAAUGACCCCCUGUAGCGCUCCCUGUCGCACCGUGGUUGGAUCAGCCUAUUGCUGAACGUGCACUCCAUUCUCAUUCAGGUCUGAUCAGACUGAGAACUUGUCCAAAACGACGUUGAGAAAAUAAUCAGCAAUUUCAUAUCAUGGUUUUCAUAUCACUGUUACUUUAGUUUCUGCGAAGCCCUUCAUCAAGUCGUGGUUUGGUGCACGACGUCUUCAGACACUAGCUUAACAUACAGAACAACUCAAAUCGACGCCUUAUUCAAAUGAUUAUUAUCAUCAUCAACUGUAGGAAUUGUUUCACUGCUUUAUUUCCCUUGUAUAAUCAACUGACGCUUAUAAACUGUUUUUUUUUCUCCCGUUUUGCGUUCCUGCAGUCUUCAGCACCGAAUCCUUUAGAUCUCCAGGCGGUGCGCUGCGCCGUUUCAGACAGGAGCUCCCCAGUGUUCAAAAACACGACGGUGACGCACACUCUUCCCCCCCCGGCCAGUAUCAAGAGCGACACACGUCUUCGUACUUCCUCGCCCCCAGACAGACGCCCGCCUCUUCCACCUCUUUCUCGACACGAUUACUCAUGCCGGCGAGAGGAGACUACGUGACACUGACUGAGGCGGGGAGGACUUCCCGCACUCGUCACCGCGCGCACAUGCCGGCCGCCGCUCGCGGGCCACGCCACUGCCGAGGCCUUCCAUGCCGCGCAUCAGCCCCUGAUCACGCGUCUCCCCCCCCCCUGAUUGGCCGGCGCCCCACACACCUUUGCCUCUGAUUGGCUGCUGGGUGGUGCCCGCCCCCGUGGGCGCUCCGCAGUCGAAGCGUCGGCUGAAUGGAGCUGCGGGAGAAACAUGACGAGCUGUAUUUCAGCCUGAGAAAGCAGCAGAGGCGGUUUCUUUCCGCUGUCGGCAACAAAGGAUCGCUAACGGACUGAUAGGCGACGCAUUUCUAGCUGAAAGCCAGAGAGGAUGCUGAACUGUCAGACCCUGCGUCCCCAGCCGCAGAAUGAUGUCGCGGCGGGGAGAUGCUGGCGGGGCCUCUCGGCGGCGGAGAGGGGCGACAUGGACGCGGCGGAGGCCCUCAUGUCCAUGAGCUGCCGGUGGAAGGCCGCCGGGAGGAGGUGCGCGGACGUCAGGCCCCUCACGCCCUCCUCGGACGUGUGGGAGGAAGCCGAAGACCCCCUGCUGGCCAGCCCGGUGGACGACAGCCAGACCUCGCCGUUUUGCAUGACGCCCCCUUACAGCCCCCCCACCUUCGACGUGGCCCCGCCGCCUGCCCGUGCGUCGCCCGUGCCGGAGCCCGGCAAGAGCCCGGCGGAAGAGCCGCGCAAGCGCUUCGCCUGCCCCCUGUGCGACAGCCGCUUCAUGCGGAGCGACCACCUCACCAAGCACGCCCGCCGCCACCUGGCCAGCCGGAAGCUGCCCGGCUGGCAGGUUGAGGUUGGCCAGCUGAAGGACUUCGCCGCAGCUCCGGUCCCCCGGUCCACCCCCUGA